UUAAACGCCUUAUGAAGGUACAUACUUAAAGCAGUUUCACGGUUCUUGAUUUUUAUUUAGAACUAUAUUAACUUAUAAUGAAAGAGCAUGCAAUAACUGCAAUUGGAUAAAGCGAGAAAACCGCUGAACAACAAAUGGCGAUGUGUUACAAAAGUAAACAAUAAGAAGUCGUUAACGCAUUUGCUAACAGAUACCCCUCUUACAGGGUAUAUUGUAAGGUUAUAUAACGAUGUGAAAUGAAUGUUAUGUACCCCAAGCCAUUGUCCAAAGUCAUAUAAGAACCACUGUACUAUUUUUACGGUUAAAAAACAAAUAGUAUUCAUGAUUGUUUUCAAAAAGUUUUGACUUGAUAUUAUAAAAAAGUUUAAUUUUAUAAGCAUUACCAAUCACAUUUUCAAUGUAGUAUUCAUUGAGGCAAUUAGAUCAAUUUUAAAUACUCAUUUCUAAAUAUAUAAGUACAUUUAUAAGCUACUUAAUAAUGGAUUUUGGCUUAUUUGAACCCUGCAGACUAGAAGAUAUUCCUGAACGGCGCCCAGAGGAUGCAUGGGAAUUUAAACCUUGUCAGAAAAAGUUUCUUAUGCGACCGGAAGAUGAAAUAAGUGUAGACAGCAUCAUUUCUGCGUUGCUCUCAAAAAUCGAACCCACUGAAGAGCAGUACAGAGAAUGUCAAUGGGAUGUUACCGCUAAAGAAAUGCAUAAUGAAAAGCAGUCUUUACUCUUCGAAGAAAAACUCUAUAUAUCACGGAUUCAAACAGGACCUUGCAAACUAAAUGAGGAAAACAAAAUCUUUCUAGAAAGUGAACUCAAUGAAAUUGGUUACAUGAAACUUAGCAUAGAGGAAAGCUAUGAUGGUUAUGUGGUAUUCAGUCGCAGUCAAAUGGCGAAGGGUAGAAGCAGAAGCGUGUGUGGGCAUUGCUUGAGGGGAAAAUAUAAUGACAAAUUUUUAUUAAUCGUGGAGAAACGAAGUGAAUUCGAUUACAUAGACACGGGCAGAAUUGAGAAAAAUAUGGAAGCCCGAAUCAAUGAAAAUAUUUUGUUAGUUAUUCGUGAAACAAAAAUUAAUGCAGAUUCUCAAAAGUUCAAAGCUGAAAUUAAUGUCAAAAACAGGGAACCAGUAUUUAUCAUGGACGGUGGUAUACAACUGCUAAUGCGCUAUUUGAUAAUCAAUAAUUUCAUUGGCAAAUUUGAAUACUAUACAUUAAAUUUAUACGGAAAAGUGUUGCAUGGUAUAAUCAUUGUAGAAAAAGAACGCAAGAAAGUGCGCAUAUUCUAUCGCAACUUCAAUAACGUUAUAGUUGUUAAAAAUUAUAAAUAUUUUAAUGAAGUGGGUGAGGAGAAAUCGGAAACGUACUUUACAUCCAAUGGAAAAAUUGUUUUGCAUUUUUGGCCCAGAUAUAACUAUUUAUUACAUGCGAUACGCUCUCCUCCGAAGCCGGUUGAACGAAUUUUACCGAAACUGGAAUUGAUGUGGAAAGCUGAUAAUUUGCUUUUAAUGCAUUAUCAAAAAAAGAAGAAACUCACAUUAGAAAAUGUCCAGUGCUAUUUACACAACCACCCCGAAAUCGUGGAUUUAUUUUACGACUACAUACAUAGCUUGCUCCAAAAGAAACCAGAAGUUGUGUUCUCAUUUACAAUAAAAUUUUUCCAAAAUAUGAAGAAUACGUAUUAAGAUUUAUCUUCAGGAUAGUGCAUAUCUUGGACCGCAGUUUAAAUUAAAAUUGUUUCAGAAUAAAUAAUAAAUUUUUGCUAGUGCUUGUAAUUUUUUCCUAACUUUGGAUCUUUAAAUUUUCUUGACUUGUAUAAUGAAUUAUAUUAGAAAUAAAUUUUAAACUAAAAAUAUAAGGAACCUUUAUUUUUAUAAGUAAAGAUUUGCUUUUAAAGGUUUGAUAUAAUUUUUUUUACUUCGUUAUGGUUUUUAUUAAAAAUUUCUAACCCUAUGUUUCAUCCCUAACGUCAGAUUCUGUAACUUUAUCCUAGCAAAUAUUUUGGAGACUCUAACUUAGGGUUUCAGAAAAUAUUUAAUAUUUUUAAAAACGUUCUUCUGAAUUUUUCGUUUAUCAAAAGCUAAUAUUGAUGUGCAUUCUGUCGAUUCUACUUUACUCAGCUUUGUUAUGCGAUGAACCCUAAAAUGUUGCUUAGUUGCCACUACCCCCAAGACCUGAGGGGUUCAUCUAGAGUUCAUUUUUAAAACAGCCCUUGAAGGAGCUGAAUGGUCUUGGGUAGCUGAAGGGAACUGUAUUCUUCCGGAGGGCUAACUUGUCUGGUUUUUCAUUUAUAUAUAUUUCAUAUAUGUAUAUGACUAAGAUAAAUUUUACAUAAACAGUGCCUUUGAAACUGCUGUCUCACAUCUAAAAAAUGAUCGAAAUCGGAUCAACUUUUUAAGGCCCUAGAUACCGAAUAUGUUGUUAUUUAGUUUUGAAAUUCAAAAAGAAUCUUUUAAUGAUAACAGUUUCUCCUUGUCUCAAAAGUAAAAUCAAUCUAGACUUUUCUUUAGACAACGACUUUCCACUUGGCCUUAAAUGUCGUAUUGACCACCAGUGGCGUAGCUUCGUAGCCAAGGGCCCUGGGGCAAAUUAAAAAAAGGGGCCCACUGCUAUGUAAACUGAUUAGGUUUUAUCAAAUAAAAGUAUGAAAUAUACAAAUAUUUUAAAAAUUCUAAGCUACUUAAGCUUUUCUUUGUGCACUGUAGGGCAGGUAUUAAACAGUAACAACAUUACAAUUAAUACUUGGUGUAGGUUUGGCUAAUAACACGAAAUAGAGAAGAUUCAAGAUUUUAUUAUAUAUAGUUCGGGCCUACCAAUUCCUUCCUAGUUUUAGUUUUCGUAAAUGUAUGAAUGACUUCUUAAAUCCAGGCUUGAUUUUUUUAUUUGUUAAAUGACCUUUCAGUUGCUGCAGAAACGACAAAAUUGUAAAGAAUAAAAACAUUGCUUCCGUUAUAUAUUUUGUUCAUUUUUUCCUUACAACACCCAUUAUGUAUAAUUAUAAUUAUUUUCUUGCGGUUUCACUGGCCUUGCACUUGAAUAAUUCAAAAUCAUUUCCAUAAAUUUGCAACUUUGCUUUGGUCUCUGCUAAGACUUUACUUGCCUUGCCUAAAUUGAAGAUCGCAUUUUUGUAAAGUUUUGGCUACAUUAUUGAUGUUGUUCAAUACUUUGUGCAUAAAUUAACAACAUGAACUCGAAAUUUAGCAUUUUGGUUUUAAUACUCUGUGCUUCCCUACACCCAUCUUUACUAGGACUCUUUAGAACUAUUUCUGAUAACGCUUUGAUAAUAUCAAAAAAAAACGAAGUUUUAUUGCAGACCUGAAUUAAUGUACCUUUGGCAGGUGACACGAUUUAUUGACUUGAAGGACAUCAAUAGGAGUGGUAAAAUCAAAUAAAAUUUAACCACUAUAUUGGCCAGUACAAAAAAGUUUAUUGACAUUAGGUUACUUACUCCUGAUACAGCAUUAUUUUUUUAACCGAAAUUCUGGAAAAAAAUCUUAACUCGAAUUCACAAUAAAACACACAUUGACGAAUACAUAAUUAAACACACAUAUCGUUAUCCGCCAAAUUGAUAACACUGCCAACUAGGGGAAUUCCCUAGGCAUAACUUUUAAAUUUCUCUGAACUCAGUUGUCAUGAUUAAGGGAGGUUGUAAGAUGUUAUAUUUAUUUUGAAAAUGGGAGAAAUUUCCAAAAGUUCAGUGCGAUUGAGAUUUCUGGUAAGGAUUCGAGGGCCCCCUGAGCUUGAGGGACCACUGCCCCGCUUAGCCCCAGGUAGCUACGCCACUGGUCAAUAUAUAUACAUAUGUGAUAUAUUAAUUAAGAGGUUCUAAAAAAUUAUGUGGGUACUAAAUAUGAAUGUAAUGAAUGAGCUUUGGACUAAACCUCAUAGCACUAAUGUAAUGAUAUCUGAUUCUCGGGUUAAUGUUUUCCAUACCAUACCAAAUAUAUUACAUUUAGCCUCUUUAGAUGAGUUUAUAUCACAUUAUAUCUUAUAUAAGUUAAGUAGGUGGCUUUGAAUAUAAGCAUUUCAGGCACCAAGCGGAAUGAAGUAAUGAAACUGCCUUUUAGAAUAAGUUACGAAGAUAGCGAAUAGGUUUUAAUCCAUUCAUACAUAGUUCCGUCGAAUAAUAAAUGUUGCAUUUUUAGGCAACAAUUUAUAAAAUUUAGGAAUAGCUAAAAGUCUUUUCUUGUAUUUAAUCAUUGCUAAUUGCGAGAGUAUAAAAUGUGUUCUUUAACGUUCUCUGAUCGUAGUUACGAUUGUUUAGAUAGCCAUUCAUCAUCCUAAAUACCCGAUUUGUCUAUGCUAAACAUUUUAUUGUAUGAAUUGAGUAGGCUCCAAACUACUUGACGGAUUUGAAAAAUGCUCUCACCAUUGGAAAGCUGCACUAUCUCCGGUGAACAUACAAUUACAUUUAAUUAUCUUUAAUAAAUGUCGGGAGAGGAUAUGUGUAACUGUUGUAUUUACAAAACAAUAAAUGCUUAUAAUUCCUUAUCAAAAUUAAUUUCUUCAUAUUCAAGACAGAUUAAAUGUUUUUUAUAACUUUUUUAAUCUGUUCGGUUCAGACAUUCGUUUCGAAAUAUAUAACGUAUUUAAAAAUGUAGGUAGGAAGUUAGAUAGGAGUGCUGCCACCAAGGGGUGAUGCGCCAUUUUCAUGAACUGUCGUAGGACCUUAUAUUUUUGCUAUUCCGUUUCAUCGUUGCGCUUGAACCAUUUGGCGCUCGAAAUUAAACUACUUUUAUCUGCUACGCUUUCUGUGGACAACCAUUGAAAGUUUGACGCCUGAUGGCUUCCAAGUAUUUUGUGUCGGAUUUGUGAUAACGCUGGACAUUCGCAAAGGAAAUGGAAAACCGUUUCCAUAUUCCCUUUUGCUGCAGCUGCGGCAACGACUCUUAUAAGACAGGUACACGCAUGCUUUCCAAAAGGCCGGUGCUCUCACGGUUAUAGCCGAGUUAACAGCAGAGAGCUAGUCGUUUCUUCUUUUCGCAAUGUGGCACCAAUUGGAGAUUCAAAGCGAAGCCAGGUCACGCAAGUGAACAAAGUUCUCUGAUUGCCAUUCAGUUCAUAGUGGCUAGAAACGCUUCUUUUACAUAUGGCUCAAGCAGCUCACGAUCUCCGGUCUUUGACCAAGAACGCGAAACAUAUUCUCCGCAGAGUUGUGCGCUGGGUUUACAUAAAAUCACGUAAAAAACAAUACCAAGAAAAAGACGAAAAUAGCACCGGUUGAGAAACUCCCCCUUUGAUGACGACCAUUGCAAAUGUGUUAGAAUUACGAUUUGAGGGCAUGCACAUAGAAGGUCCGGUCUCUUAAUUGGGAAGGCUGAUUGAUGUCCUCGUUGUAGUGAAGGCCGACUUCACCGCUGUACACGAAAUACGACGGAACGAGGAAUGAGCCUUGUGGCAUUUACUACAGUGACCAUAUAAAGGAGCGCAAAUUUGGUGAGGGAUUCGUGGUGAAAGAGUUUUUCAACAUAUCUCCGAUUUGUGCCCACGCCCCGACGGAAGAGAAGGACGAUGUGAACAAAGAUUCCUUUUAAAAGCGCUUGGAGCGCACCAAUGACAACUGAUCCCUCCACGAUAUCAAAAUCGUGCUUGGCGACUUUAACGUCAGAGUGCGCCAAGAAGGUAUCUUUGGGGUUUAGUUUAUCGGGCAGUAAAUGCAGCCUCCUUGAUAAAACAACCCCCAAAUCCCCAACCAUCAACCAGAUCGAUCAUGUUGUGAUAGACGGCAAACACGUCUCCAGUGUAUUAGAUGUGCGUGCGCUCCGAGGUCCUAACAUCGACUCGGACCACUAUCUUGUUGCAGCCAAGAUUCACACCCGUUUCUGUACAGCAAAAAACGCACGCCAACUAACACAAGGAACCGAAACCAUUGGUUUUCGGAAAAUGAAAAAGAACAGCUGGUACGAUGAGGAGUGCAGUGUCGCAGCGGAGAAAAAACAUACUGCCUACCUCGCGACGUUACGAUCGCCCACAAUACGUGCGGGAUGGGAUAGAUACCGAGAGUUGAAGAGGGAAACGAGACUCAUUUGCAGACAGAAAAAGAGAGAGGCCGAAAUGCGUGAGUAUAAAGAGCGUAGCAAGCUGGCCAACAGGGGCCAGAGGUAAUCUAGUGAUCGAUGCGCAGAGCAUACUAAAACUAUGAAGGGAACAUUUCUGCAGUGAAAUUAUAACGCCAGAAGAAGACGAACCCAAUUCCGCAAUCGAUGACGAUGGAACGUGAAAAAGUUCUAAUAACAAUUAACCGUCCAAAGAACAACAAAACGACGGGGGCUGAUGGAUUGCCGGCCGAGCUAUUCAAACACGUCAACGAAGAACUGAUAAGGAUCAUGCAUAAGCUUCUUUGUAAAAUAUGGUUGGACGAAAGCAUGUCAAACGAUUGGAAUUUAACCGUGGGAUAAGCCUCCUCAACAUCGCAUAUAUGGUUCUAUCGAGCGCAUUGUGUGAAAGAUUAAAGCUUUGGUAUCCCCGCCAAACCAAUACGGCUGUGUAAACUAACAUUGAGCAACACCAAAAGCUUUGACAAGAUCGGGAAAGACCUCUCCGAGCCGUUCGAUACCAAACAAGGUUUCAGACAAGGCGUCUCCCUAUCGUGCGACUUCUUCAACCUGCUGCUGGAAAUAAUAGUUUUAGCUGCAGACCUUAUUCGAGCAGGUGCAAUCUUUUAUAAAAGUGUACUGCUGCUAGCGUGUGCCGAUGCGCCGACGUUGCAAGUUGAAAGGUUCUGCGAAAGAAUUAUGGUCCUUGGCGCAUUGGCCAGGUUGAACAUCGCAUCCGCUUGAACGAUGAGCUGUAUGAGAUAUACGACGGCAUUGACAUAGUUCAGCGAAUUAAGAGACAACGGCUGCUCUGGCUAGGUCAUGUCGUGCGUAUGGACGAAAACAGUCCAGCUCUGAAGUACUCGACGCAAUACCCGCCGAGGGAAGCAGAGGAAAAGGAAGACCUCCACUCCGUUGGAAAGACCAGGUGGAGAAGGUGGCUUGGAAUCUCCACUUGGCGCAACGUUCGUAAGCGGAAUCUACGCCAGUAUAAUUGUAUUUAUCAAUUAAUUCUAUUAAAUGGUCAGCAGAAAACUGCUAUUUCGCAUCCAACUAACAAAGCCAUAUUAUAUUGAGUGUUAUUUAUUUUAUCAUCUUUUGUGGUAAUUGUAUCUAAAAUAAAAACUAAUUUGCUAAAGAGGCAAUGAGAAUGCACUCCCAGAUGGCACAGUUUUUCAUAUCCUGCAGAAUUUAAAGUGAGAGUCAACGCCAAUAAAGAAGAGCCAUAGCGCAGAAAGACGUGAGAAUUUGCACAGAUAUUCGUUUAUUCCUGCAAAAGGUCCUUACGGAGGCCGCUUUUGUAAAAUCACCGCCGAUUUUGCAAUAUAUAUACAUAUAUAUGUAUAUAAAAUAGUCGUGAUAGUUAAACAAUUUAUAUCUCAAGAACUGCUGAACAGUUUCGGUAAGGUGUAUUGUGCUCUUCUAUAAUCGUAUGUCACCUCGAGCAGGUACCGCAGGGAAGUACUUAUUGUAGGAUCACUUUAGUUUAAUCUGUUUACUAGAAUUUACCGUUAAUACCAAACAGUAUCAAGGCCACUUUUGCUGAUGACACGCCAAUACUAAGCAUAGAAAAAACAGGAGAAAAACCUGCGAUACAUCUGCAGCAUGCAAUCAGCUCCACACUCAAAUGGAGUACAGAAUGGAGAAUAAAACCAAACGGUGGAAAGUCAGCAAAAGAAUCACUUAUCACCCAAUAAGUAUUUUUGAUGUCUGCAUACCAUAUGCCAAUACUGCCAAAUGUCUUGACAUAACUCUCGAUGCUAAAUUACGCUCGAAGGAGCACAUUAAGAUUGUCCUGUAUUUUCUAUGGAAAAUUUUUACAUGCCUUGGUCCAGUCCUUAAUUUUGAUAUUAAAGGCCCAAAUUUUCAGGGAAUUUUUUUAGGGUAUUCCCAAGGAAAUUUCAUGAUGGGAUUGAAAAAAAUGAAUAGUUCAAAAAAAAAACACCCUAAUGUAUAUAUCUAAAUAACAUUUUCUUAUAAACACUAACAGAAAAUGGUAUAGUUCGAAAACUGAAUUUAUGUGUAUCAGUGCGAUAGUCGAGAAGACACUGGCGGAAACAACAAAAAAAAUUAAACAACGUGGCCAAUUUGUAGGCAAGUGGAAGACUACUUUGGAAACAGCUAUAAAGAAUAUGGCAGAUGAAAUCAGUACUUUGGAAGAUGAACGAAUUCGAUUGAAAAAGUCAUUAGUUAUUUUGGGUGUUCCUGAAUCAAUAGGCAAGUUCUGCAUUAAAGUAAUGAGAAAUUUUGGCGGUUGUAACAUUGUAAUAAAAUUUAAUUUACAUACAUAUAUCAUAGAUCUUUCGUAUACCACCUUUUAUCUAAUAUAAUGCUUUUUGUUCCUUUGGUUAACUCACAUCUACUUCUGUUAUUUAUAUAUCGUUCUACUAUUUCGUUUUAUAACGAAUAAUUCAAUCACGAGGCAUUUAUUAUUUAAAUGUGUCUAACACCGCAAUAUACAUAUUUUGCACAUCUAUACUUCAUAUAAAUUUACAGACCAAGGUUAAGGUUUACCCCAUUUUGUAAUUUGAAAAUUUAAAAAUUUUUAUUUAGUUUUUGUUUUGAAUAUGCUAAGCUUAAUAAUGUAGAAUAUUUACGAGUGUAUAGAGAAGCGUGCAGGACGACUCACUACCGAAUUGGUUCGAGACAUGCCUGAAGAAGAGCUUAUUAAUGAAUUGACGCUGAUUGAAGAUAUACGUCAACAGCUUAAAAAACAUUAGAAGAUUUUGAACAACAGCAGGUAAAAAUCGUACUGCAAGACAACGCCUUGAAUAUGAUUGCAGCGACAAAAAGGAGGCUUAUGAAAUUGAUGUAAUUAAUGUGGGACUUUACUUUUAUUUACUUUUCGAAAACAAUAAUUUUACGUCCUGGGGCAAUUCGCCAGCCACCUGAGCAAGCAUUCGAACAAUACUGGGAGCAUUUCAGUAAAGAAACCUUGGAGGAAUGGGAGAAAUGUUGACAAAAAUCUAUUAAACUACGACAAACACUCAAUUCAAUCUUGAUGAAUGCUGCUCGUGAUAUACGCAGUCAGGCAGAUGUAGUAGAACGUGCUAUUAUUGCUCGCAUAAACUACACUCAAGAAAAUCUACAACGAUUUGAAAAUGAGCUACGCGAUGUAAGCGUAUUUACCAUAACAACUAGUUUACUACAUAGUAAUUCUGCGACUAUGAUAUUAGAGGCUGUUUCUAGCUAAUUUUGGUGAUAAAAUGACAGUAAACAUUUUCUAAUACGUAGAUUUUUUAUGUUGCUAUACGUGAUAGACAAUUUGUUAUUUCAAUUUCGUUAUCAAAUACCCCACAGACCUCAGUCACAAAGUUUUCUCGCCAAAACAUCGAGUGCAUCCAAAAGCUGGCUGAUACCGAGACACGUAUUAUUCAAUUACAUCGUGCAGUUCGUAGCUUUGAUGCAGCUAUGAAGGUGGCUCAAAUUCGCAUGGAUAAUCUCAUCGAUGAAGUGGCAACAAUACAAAGCGUAGUCACAUUCAUGUUGUCUGAGUUGGAUACAGCAGAAAAUAUCAAAACUGGCCUUAUGCAAACACGUAGCAUUCUGGAACGGGAAAUCAUGUUGAAACGGUGGACAUUAUGGUUAGAUCGAAACCGCUGCAUGUUACUACGCUCCCACUAUCCAUCAGCAAGUGCAUUAAAUUAUGAAAGAUAAAAACUACAUUGAAUGUAGUUAUUAUUAUUUAUUUCUUACAAAUGUAUUUCUGGGAAAAAUAAGAUAAUAAGAAAAGGAGAAAGAUCCUUUUUUACAAAUGUAUUUCUAGGAAGAAUAAGAAUUCAUAUUUUUGGACUACUAUAAAAUAAUUGUGCUUAAGCAUUCCUAUAUAAACAAUAUAAUAUUUAUUUUAUA